UGGUCCAAGGAAUCACUCUACGACGCGUGUGUGGCCUACACGAACUCCAUGGGCUCUUUCAAGGAGCGCUACGCGUUCUCUGGUGGCAGUUUGCGCGAGUUCCUCGGGUGGACCGAGGACCAACCGAAGGAAGCCGCGCUGCACAUGAGUGACGUGGCGAUUUUGGCGUUUGAGACGGGCAACGACGCUGCACCCAACAUCGGCAUUGACUCGAUACGGCGCGCGUACAUUGACGACAUUGACAAGUACGCGCACUACCUCGACCGAAGCUUUUGUCGGCGCAUCGUCGAUGCCCGGGUCGCCCAACGUUACUUGAUGAAGAAGACGCGACUGGGCUUUUUUGUCGACAUGCUUCGGUGGGUCGAGAUGACCAAGUAUGGGUCGCUGUACGGUUGGCUCUACGAAGCCACCAUCCACAAGCUUGCAUUUGACUGCAAGCUUGUGCUGAGGCUCCAGUGCUACGAUGUGUCGAAGAAGCGCGACCCAAAGAAGCCUCUCAAGCACAACGACACGCGCUUCCUUGAGGUCUCCUCACACUGCGAGGUCGUGUCGGUCGGCUCCAACACUGAAAGUUGCAUCGAGUUUCUCGAGACGUCAUUGACGGACAACAUGUACUGGACUCCCGAUUUUGCGCUGUUCCCCGGCUUCGACGCCGUGCUUGUGCGCAACAAGAUCGUGUUUUACCUGCAAGUGACAGUCCGGCCAACGCACCCAAUCAACUGGGGCACGUUCAUGAAGUCCCACGACGUCGUGAAACGCAACCCCAACCUCGUCGGCUUCCAGUACGUCUUUGCGUUUGUGACGCCUCCGCCUCCGAAAGUCGUGUGGGAGUGCAAAAUCACGAGCGACAUCAACGGGCUUAGUGUGUGUUUCGCGUACGCCCUGCGCACCGGAGGCAUGGGCAUCUCGGCGUCGUUUGCUGCAGUCCCUCCAGAAUAUGUCGCGGAACAGGAACUCAAUCAUUAGAUUUUCUCAUUGCCUUUUCCUUUUCGAAAUUAAAUUACCGGGGCUGUUGGCGAAAUACACAGUGAGUUCAAGCCAU